UGCUUGCUUUUCGCCUCCUUAUCUGUGUGUACCGUCACAGGAGCGGAGUAGACGGUGAAGAAGAAGCACAACGGAGGAGGAAGAAGGAAGAAGGAAGCACGAGUUCUGAAAGCAUGGGAAGAGAUAAAGAAGGUGAUCUGUGGGACGACUCCGCCCUCAUCUCCGCCUUCGACGACGCCAUGUCCAAGUACAAGAAAAUGCAUGGGAAGAAGAAUCAUCAAAUUCCAUCUGAAGCUGGAGAAGCAAUUUCUGGAAUUGACAAGAUUAUUUCCAUUAAUCCCAUCGACGGGAGUGUUGCAGCAUCAGGUGCAGUUGCAGAAGCAGGAGAAGCCAGCAAUUUCCUAUCAGCUAAUGAAGACACUUCUGCAGUUACAGCGGCACACGAAUCUUAUCCCGUCAGUUCAAAUUCUGUGCCUGCAAAUGAUGCGGUAAAGGGAUAUUCUUAUUUCCCAAGCACGGAAGACUAUAACCAGUUGCUUGCAGAGUACUAUGAGCUCGAGGAUAAGAGGGAAAAGCUUCUACAGAAGCUUCAUCAAUAUGGGAACUGGAGCUACCAGGCUGAACCUUCUGGUUCCGAUCCUGGGGUACAACAGUGGCAGGGUGCUCAUCCUUCUCAAGAAUAUCCCAUCCCUGCGGAUCAGAUCUCUCAUUCAGUCGAUGCCUGCGCAUGCUGUCCAUAUUUCUGUCAGACUUUUGUUGCUCCUUGCCCUGCCUCCAGUUGUUCUUUUGGUGGGAAGUGUGGGGAUCAAAACCUUUGUAAUGAUGACCCUUCAUUGGUUCCUCGAGACUCAAUCCCUCUCAAGGAUUGUGAAGUCACCAGAACAGCAAUUGAAGCUGCCCGGAAAGCAAUAUCAUCUUUGAAGAUAGAAGGCUCUAGCAUAUGCGAAGGGAAAGAGAAUAAAAAAGAGGGGGAUAUGGUGGUAACUACAAGCUCAGAAACGGAUCUAGCAGAGGUCUUAAAUGCAUGGUAUUCAGCGGGCUUUUACACAGGAAAGUACCUCGUAGAGAAAUGCAUUCGAGAGAAGAGGCAGAGCUAAGCAAAUACUAUAUGAGCCGUGAAAUUAGAUGAAGAGUAAAUUUGUACUCUCUGUACACUCAAAUUGGAGAUGGAAAACUUCUGGUUUGGCGAGGGCUUCUCUGCUCUGCGAAGUUUGAUGUUGUCAUUGCUGUCGGUCUUGGCAAAUAGUCGUGUUGAUUGAGAAUCAAAGCAUAAGAGUAAGAGUCACCGAUUUUGCGAUUUUGCCACUUUCGCCGGAAAGUUUAACCUUGGAUUUUGGAAUCAAGAGUUGAAACAGCAUCUGAAGUAUUGAACCCAUUCUAUGAUGUGUUUUUGCUCUUUCCUCA